AAACUCUUAUUCGACAUCUGGCUUUUAAUAUUUAUGUGACCCGAAGAAGUAAUGUUAUUAAUAUGAACUUGAUAACAUCAAGUUUUUAAACAUAUCCUUGAGAUUUAGAAGUAUACCUAGUAUUUGUUCUCUUAUUUAUGCUUAAGAUAAAAAAAAAAAAAAAAAGAAUUUCUGAUGAUUCAUCAAAAUUUCCAAAUACGGUGUCAAAUAGUAGAGUUACCCAUGAAACACGCGAGAAAUGUUGUUUUCUUUCAUAAAGGGUCAAAUAAAGUAAAAAACACUUUGGAUUAUAAACAAUAGAAAUAUCUUUAGUUCUUAAGUGGUUAUAAGUAUUACCCUAGAAUUAAUCGUCAUGAUAAUAUAUGAUUUGGUGCCCUUUGAGAAUUAAAUAAAUUUGGGAAAGAUUUAGUUGAUGAAGCUCAUUUGACCCCAGAGUGUGACUAUGUAAACAUGGCCGACGAGAAAAAUUCAUUCGAGUUACAUCAAAGUGUCUUUAAUGGUGACAUACGAAGGGUCUCUGCUCUCAUUCGGACUUAUGACGUUGCCAAGAAGGAUAAACAUGGAAAUACACCACUUCACCUUGCUGUUAUGUUGGGGCAUAAAGAAUGUAUCCAUCUACUCCUAGCACAUGGUGCCCCAGUCAAAGUCAAAAAUGCUAAUGGUUGGAGUCCUCUGGCUGAAGCCAUCAGUUAUGGAGACAGACAAACUAUCACAGUAUUAUUGCGGAAGUUGAAACAGCAGUCUCGAGAACACAUGGAAGUGAGAAGACCUGACCUAGUUCGAGCACUUUCGCAAAUGGGAGAUUUUUACAUGGAGCUGAAAUGGGAUUUUCAGAGUUGGGUUCCGCUUGUGUCCAGGAUGCUACCGUCCGAUAUUUGUAAAAUCCACAAAAAGGGAGCCGCUAUUCGCUUGGACACUACACUUGUGGAUUUUAAUGAUAUGCGAUGGGAGAGAGGAGACAUCAGCUUCUUGUUUUCUGGCAGUUCCAAACCAUCACACUCACUAACUGUACUUGACAACAAACUUAAAGUAUAUCAGAAUAUUCGGCAUGAGGAAACAGAGGCAGAAAUGGAAGACGAGGUGGACAUUCUCAUGAGUUCAGAUAUUGUGGCAGCACAAAUGUCAACAAAACAAAUCACCUUUUCUAGAGCUCAGACAGGUUGGAUAUUCAGAGCAGACAAAAAGGAAAUGGUUGGCAAGUUUAAUGCUGAUUUUUAUUACCUAAAUGGGUUGACGAUAGAAUCACGGAAGAGAAGAGAACAUUUAAGUGAGGAAGAUUUGCAAAAGAACAAAGCAAUCAUGGAGAGCUUCACAAAAGGCAGUGGAACACAUUCAUUUGAUGAGACUGUCAGAAGAGCAUCUCUAGAGCCCCCCACAAAUGAGCCAGUGUCUUGGGAGACGUAUAUCGAAGCAGAAGCAGGGAAACCACCUCCACUAGGACGAAUGCUCAUUUGCAAGGAGUCUUCAAAGUCCUUUAAAGCUACAGUAGCAAUGAGUGAAGAAUUCCCUCUUACAGUUGAGAUGCUCUUGAAUGUCUUGGAAGUUAUUGCUCCUUUCAAGCACUUUGCAAAACUGAGGGAAUUUGUCCAGAUGAAACUCCCCUCAGGUUUCCCAGUCAAAAUUGAUAUCCCAAUCUUGCCAACAGUCUCAGCAAAAAUUACAUUCCAAGAGUUUGCAUUUAGAGACGAUAUUCCAGAUUCCUACUUUGAAGUCCCUACAAAGUAUAGGGAAGAUCCAAAUAGGUUCCCUGAAUUAUGACGGUAUGAGGACCUAAGUCUUGUGAGUAUCUCCAGUGUGCAGGAGCCCCAACAACCGCAUGAAUAUCGUGUCACUGGAUCAAGGAUUGGUGAAUCUUCAUUAACUGGUGCAUGCGUCAGUACUGCCAGAUGUGGAGGGUAUGGAGGUACGGCCCGUCUGCUAACCCUUCUCCCGUGUACCACCCCACCUCUGCUCACUCCGUCACAGUGUACAGCACAGCUGUCGUCACCCUUCCAGCUAGAAUGUGGAAGACAAGGACUUUCCAGGGAGCCCUCCUUUUAUGCCAUAGCCUCAGUACAGUCUGGUUCUAGUCACAAUCAAGCAGACUCUGCUUGUGAUACAUGGGAUCCUGAAACAUCUAGGAAGGACAUGAGUAGACAGAGUUGCAGUUCAAUGCUUCAUGACUUGAAAGGACAAAACUCAAGUUAUGUAGUGUCUGGGCCUUCAAAGCAGAUGAGUAACUUGAAGUAUAAUGAUGAGUGUGAGUGUGAGUCAGAUGCCAGAUUUAAGAAUGGUGAGUUAAUAAUUAAUGCAGCUAAUGCAGCAGGGACAAUGGAGGCAUUGGAAGACAUGGCCAAUCCCCAGAUGUUAAAAGCAGUGCCACAGACAGAAUAUAUAGUGGUGGAUGUACCAUUACAGAUGGGCAUGGGCAGCCCAUACUCAUCAUCUUUUUUCAUCCUUAUUGACCGCUGACACAAGGGGGCAGUCUCAUGGUUACUUGUCCGUCAUUGCAAAUACAGAGUUGUGAGUAUAGUUAAAUUUCCUUUUAGAGUUUAGAUACUUGAUAGUUCCCCUUCCCUCCCCCAAACAGGGUUGCAUUUUCCUUGAUGUACUAUGAAAUCAGAAUGUACCCAUACUGUAAACCCUGACAAGGCUCAAAACGGCUGACCAUGUCUCAGAAGUGUAUGGCACACCUCAUGGGCACCUCUUUUGUUUCAUGGUCAGUUAUUGAAGACUGUUCAAACAUUAUGACAUCUAAGAUAUUUUUGCAGCAGCCUGGUUCAAUUGUUAAUAUGCACUUGAAUUUAAUUAUAGAAAAUGCCACUGUAGAUUAGCUUCCAGUAGUACAGUAGAGUGAAGAUCUCCACAUUAAAAAGUACGAAAUAGUUUUAUGUAGAGAGCUAAUUGCAUUGGAAAAUCAUGAUUUUAGGAAUGGAAUAGUUUUGUCAUCCAUUGUUGUAUUGAUUCUUAAUGUUUAUUUCUUAGAAGAAGAAGAGUUGUUCCAUACCUCAAAACUCUGUGAGCAUUUUCAGGGUUGAUUUUAUAUUCUGCAACUUCAUUAUCUUUGGAAAAUGUGAACAGAAGUUUUGCUGUCUGUUGUUCAUCUCUCUUUUAUGUAAGUGAAAUGAAUUACGGCAUUAUAUAUAUACUGUGAUGAGGAAUUUAAAUAUGUCUUACAUGUAGAACUUGUAUCUAUUUUCUUUGAUGUGCACUGUAAUCAUUUGAUUUGGAGAUUCAUGAAAUAUAUUGGUGUAACUAAUUUUAGGAAUAGUGAACAACUUUUCUUCAAUGAUAGGGGAACCUUGAGUUUUUAGCUCAUUGAAAAUACAAGUACCAGAAUAGGAAUUUUCCAUAGCUAUCUUAUCUAAGUAACAUGACACUGGGUGAAGUGAGUUUUAGAAGUGAAUUAUCUAUAUACUUUUCGAAAGUAACAUUUAUCUUUCUUGAUUUAUUAGAAUUCUUAUUUUCUUGGUAUAAAUUAGGAAAUAUGAUUUCAUAUUGAGUAUUAUUAACUGCCAUAUAAAUGAUACUAUGACCAAUGUUAUACUAUAGGUCUUGAACGCAUUCUCUGUUAUAAUGGGACUUAUAGUAGCAUGUCCCCCACAAAUCAUAGAUGAGAUUGAGCAGCAUUAGUGCUAUUACAGGGGAUAUAUAGAUAACGAAUGUGUAUUGCUGACAGAGACAGUGAAUGGGUUAAAAUCCUUUUUGUUACCUCAUAUUUAUUUGGGAAACCUCUGUAGAGAAGUUCCCACUUUCUUUAGGCUUCUAUGAUUUACAGGCAAUUAUUUAUAGCUAUAUAGACCAAAGUUCUCAAGCACAAUGAUUAGUAAUUUGUAUAAUAUCUUGCAUCCUAUAUGGGGUUAUCAGACAGGCCUAGUAUAUUAGUAACUGGAGACUCUGAUGCUCAUGAAGAACCACAGGUCCUUGAGGGUGCCAUCUCAAGGCAACUAUGCCCUUGUGCUGGCAAAUCUGCACUGACCUGAAAUGUACAAGAAAAAUAGUGAUAGGUGAAAGUUGGCACACUUAACCAUGGCAUCAUUUAUGGCUUUUGCACUAGCUACACAAUCCGAUUAGUCAUUUAGCUCAUUGUUAGUAUUCUUCACUUGUUCUAAUUAUUUUUAAAAAUAUAUGUUUUUGUUUCUUGUGUAAGAAUAUGAUUUUACAAUUUCAACUUCAUUCAAAGAAAAACAUAGUAUAGUAUAGUAUAGAUAACAUUUAUUUGAAAAUGCUGAUCUCGGGUCAAUAUGCAAGAUUGGUAAGAUCCAGAAAGAAUCCAGAAAAACAUAUUGCCAUCCUUUGUUAACAUGAAGAAGAGAGUAAUAUUAUUACAAAAUAGAAUAUUCACAGCCUUCAUCGUCAAGGAUUGUAAACCCUGUGUGAUAACCCCUUAACUACAGAAUUGUCCAAUAUCUUCUGCCUUGAAAUGAAAGUAAAAUCUCUCAGCACAUAGGCAUCUUAAACACACACACAUUACAUCCACAUAGCUUACACUCAUUCAUUGCACACAUACUUCAUGCAUGUACUUAAGACAUGGACACAUACAUAUGUACACACGUAUAUGUGUACAUAUUUACACACAUACAAAUAUAUACACAUGUAUACUCAUACACAUGCAUAUAUGCAUACACAUUAUCCCGAAGCCAACGGGCAUGACAUGUACAUACGUGCCAUGCCCACUGUGAGUUUACUUUAUUAAUUGUCUUAUCACAUAGAUGACUACACUUGUACUAAGUCACAAAUGAGCCAAUUAUGAAUGCUGCUCGUCUUGCCUGUUUACUC